UGUAUUUGUUUAGUUUUUGUGCGAAUUAUUUUGUUUUUCUGUCCAAUAAUUGGUGUACAAUAAGUAGUUAAUUGUGUUAAAGAUGAGUGCGAGCGACACAACAAAGCAAUUAUCGAUUGUGGAUAUACGAAAUUAUAUGCUGCAAAACGACGGCAAGGUGACAAAUCAUGCGCUCGUCAAGCACUUCAAGAAAUAUCUAACGCACACACAAAAUGAGGCCGAGGCACGAAAGCGUUUCAAAACCUAUGUGACGCUGCUCUCCACCAUCAAGAAUGAAAACAACCAAAAGUAUUUAAUACUGCGCAAAAAGUAUAUCAAUGAGUGCCCGAGCGAGGAGGUUGUGGAACGCGCCGUCGCGGCUGCGGGCACUGCCUCUGCGCCCUCCAGCCCGGGAGCUGCUUCCAUAGUGUCCGUAACCGAUAGCGGCAUGUCGCCAAUGAGGCAGCCGCCACCCUAUAAAGCGCCGCCCGAGGUGCAGCAGUCGCCAGCACCAGAGCCGGAACCAAGUGUUCCAGUGAUCGCCGGCUUGGCGGUGCAUCAGGAUCAAGUUGAGACCUAUCGCGAGUGCGUUAACGAAUUCACAGCUGCCAUGCAACGCAUUGACCCGGCACGCCUCGUGCGCCAAUCCGACAUCGACAAGAAGAACGAACAAGACACCGAAACCAGUGCCAACGGUAACGCCGAUGCCAAUGCCGCUGCCACUGCCGAUGCCAAUGGCAAUAUCAAUGCCGAGACCAAUGCUGAUCCUGAUAUUAAUGGCAAUGCCAAGUCUAUAUCUCGGGUGAAUUCCGUGGACGAGGGCAGCAAUAAGGAAAAUAUACCGCGUUUCUCCUUCUCGUCGGGCACCUCCACUGAUAGCUCCUCUGCAGAGAAGGCAGACACAGCUGAGAAUCCCAUCAGUGUUAAGGAAGCGACACGCAAAUUCAACCGGAUGGCCUCCGAAGAGGAGGCGAAAAUAAUAUCGCCGCCGCCCAAGAAAAAGCCAGAAAAGCAGCUAAUUGAGGAAAAGGACUCACCCGAUGUCACAUUGUCACAUCCGAAAGCCAAGGAAUGGAUUGUCGCCAUGGCCAAAGUCAAUUAUCAGGAGCUCGCUAAGCUAGCUAAUGAUUAUCCAGAGCUCGUCAAAUUGCAGUGUCCAGCUACGGGUUAUACCGCUUUACACUGGGCUGCCAAGCAUGGGAACGAGGAUGUGGUCAAGCUGAUUGCCGGCACCUACAAAGCGGAUGUCAAUGCCCGAACGCAUGGGGGCUACACACCGCUACACUUGGCUACACAAUUCGGAAGGCAUAAUAUAUUCGAGCUACUAUGGAAUGUUUAUAAGGCUAAUCGCGACAUUAUGGACUGGAGUGGCAAUAAGCCAUUGGACUAUAGUCAACAGCGACCCAGUGUUUCGGCCUCAACGUGCAGCAAAAUCAAGGCACGAAAAAAGCAUGCAAUCGAAAAAGAUUUGGGCUUCCUGCGGAUUGGUUCGUUGAAUGUCCGGGUAAAGAAAACUACCGAAGCGUUCAGCAACUUCUUGGGAGUGGGCAAUGGCAAUGCCCUGACGGCGUAUGGACCUGGCGGAGUCUCCGGAGCAGCCCCAAUCGAAGCGGGUCGCCAUCACCAGCGAACUCACCGUCACCAUCAUCAGCGUCAUCCACAUCAUGCCAAUGGUACGACACGGGAUCGGCAUCCGAAUCAGAGAGCGUCGACGACAAUACCAUACGGGUCGACUAAUGUGCUGGGCUCCCGGUCCAGUGUGCCAAUCAAUCGGAAUAUAUAUGACGCUGUACACAAAUCGUGGGGCUCAGCCGAUAAUAUAACACAGCGUCCCGACACGCUAAUGCCACCACCGAAAUCGGUUGACUACGUCUCGAAGCGUUACAAGUCUUCUAAACGUUCAUCGUAUGCCUCGAAUGCCACUGACUCACCCCGUGACUCCAUUUGCUCCUCAAACUCCAGCUCGAACCUUAACUCUGGCUACAGCAGCAUGCCAACUACUCCAAAUCAAAUACGUGCUCCUAAGAACAUUGGAAUCACAGCCGAUUCCGAUUCGGAUUCAGCUUGUGGAUUUGACUCCAAUUGGUCUGUCAACGGUCGUAAUUCAGUUAACAAUAAUAUCCUAAGAUCCUAAAUUCUAACAAGUUUAUAAAUUUUUUAAAUACAUUUCAUAAACGAAACACCAAUAAUUCCAUGAGGCAUUAUCUAAUAUAAGAAUACAAAAUUGAAGGGUUUACUUUCUAAUACUGAAACGUAAUGUACUACUAGAUAUGA